AGGGAAUGUCAUUAACAAGACAUUAACAGACCAGAAAUACAUCAUCAACUGCGGGACAAACUGGUCCUUCUAAACACUUGUAUUUUACUGAAUGAAAAAGAACUUCCUAUUUUUCUACGGGGGUUGUAUAAACUGCGUCAAAAAACAGGACAGAUGCAAUUCAACAGGUCAAAACUAACAUUCAUCUUGACCAUGGAACCUCUGGGCUUGUCUCCAUCAGUCAUCUAUCCAAUGUUCCUUCUUGGACUGGUGACCUACUGCCUCAUACUGGUCUUCAAUCUCACCCUCAUCCUCACCAUCGCCCUCAACAGGCAGCUGCACAAGCCCAUGUAUUUGCUGCUCAUCAACCUGCCCAUCAAUGACAUCAUGGGAGCCACUGCCUUCUACCCUCAGCUGAUCCACAGCAUCCUCUCCCAGGAUCGCACCAUCUACCAGGCAGCGUGUUUCCUCCAGGCAGUGUUAGUGCACCUGUAUGGUGGUGGUACCUUGCUCAUUCUGACUGCCAUGGCGUACGACAGGUAUGUCGCCAUCUGCUGUCCGCUCAGGUACAGUGCGAUCAUGUCUUCUGGCAAAGUGGCCAGGACCAUUGCUGCUGUGUGGCUGACAGAUAUUACUGUGAUUGGAACUGUCUUCUGUUUGUUUGUGAAGUUACGGUUCUGCCAGUCAGCCAUCACAGACAUGUACUGCAACAAUCCCUCUCUGAUGAAACUGAUGUGUGAGGAUGUAAGCAUUAAUAACUACUAUGGCUUGUUCACUGCCUUUUUGUUGCAGAGCAUUGCAUUGUUGGCAAUGUUCUUCACCUAUAUACAUAUUCUGCUCACUUGUCUUCUCAACAGACGUGCCGAUACCAAGAGUAAGGCCAUCCGGACUUGUGGCACACAUUUAAUGGUGUUUUUUCUCUUUGAGCUCACUACUCUGUUUACUGUUGUGUCUCACCGAUUUGACGAGGUGUCACCCUUUCUGAGGAGAUCUGUAGGGGUCUCAUUUUUGGUUUUCCCUCCCAUCCUUAACCCCCUUAUAUAUGGCCUCAACACAAAUGAAAUUCGAACAAAAGUGCUGCAUUUCUUAUUCAAAAAAAGUGUCUCCCUUCAGUCUAACAAGGGGUCCUGGCAAGCAGACAAUUAACACAAACACACACAGAUCAUUUCUUCAUUCAUGCAGUGAGAUUUUCAUUUUGAGUAAUUAGGUUUUUUUUAUUUUGAGACUAAUUCACCAAGUAUUGAAUUUAUGGAAAGAAAAAACUAACUGGGGAAAAAAGCAAAAUCUAAAAAAAUAAAUUAAUAAAACUAUUAAUUUUUACAAUAUGACUACAUAGAAACUAUAAUUCAUAAGGUAGCCAAAAAUAAGCCAAGCUAAUUCCAUCCAUUGGUUUUUAACACGAGACAAAUAUUAAAACUAUUCUAAUAAAUGACAGAUUACAGUACAACAUGUAAUGAUAUAAAAGGAGCUAAGUGAUUGUUUUCAUGUUACGUUCAAGUCUUUAUGCCUCAGUACUUUAAUUACCGUUUUGUCUGAAAACAUCUAAGAAAUACUAUAAUCUACAACCAAAUGGUGUAAUAUAGAAAAAAUACAUACUAAGGUGUUAUAUGGCUAUAAGACUUUUUAAUGCUGUACAGUUCAGUAUCUCAGUUUUACAAACACAAGUUGACACUACAUUUUAUAUAUGAAGGGUUUGCUUUAGCAGUGUUGAAGGCAUUUCCCCCUCUCUUCUGUUUUUGACAUUUGUGAUAUUUGUGAUAUUUCAAUGCAGUGCAGGUAGGUGUUUUGGUAAAACUGUAUUUAACUGCACCUUCAGAAUACAUUCAUUUCGCAGGCAUUGUGUAGAUGCAGAAAAGCAUCACCAGUGAUUUUUUUUAGUAAAGUAUCCAAGUGAGAAAUUAAAUGACUUAAUUUUUAUUAAGUAUAAUAAUGCUAAUAAAUCAAUGACACGUUUUGGCCUACAAGUUUCACUCUGCUU